CGCAGUCAAAGAUCAACAGAAAGAAACGCAGCAGAGUGUCCAACUUUUCAAGCGCCUUGCCUUUGAUAAUCGCGCUGUGCGAUCUUUAUACCCUUUGUUCCUAUUGGAAAUAGCUUGCAUUCUUCGUGUUGUUACUCCCGACAACGAAAGGGUUGGCAGUCAUUUUUGCUUUCGGCUCAUCCUGCCACGCUGCGCGACAAUCUUUAUCAGUCGCAAAUAGCUGAUCGCGUAACUGAUUCUUGUGCCUGGUAUUUCGCAGCGCUAGACAGCGUGCUUGCCAAGUAUUUUUCUUUAUUCCACUUUUACUUUGUUGCUUGGGUUAUAGUACCCACCAGUAACUGUGCUGCCAUCUUAUAAGUGGAUUAUAUAGCGGGGCUCAAAAUGGUGUCGUUCUCAUGCGAGGCUUGCGGUGAUAUUCUCACCAAGAAGAAGCUCGAUCCUCAUCGCAACCAAUGUCGCGGCGCAUCCUUCACCUGCAUUGACUGUAUGGUCCAUUUCCAGGGCACCAGCUAUAGAUCACAUACGUCAUGCAUGACCGAGGCUCAGAAGUAUGAGGGCGCUCUAUAUAAGCCGAAACAAGCGAAGAACCAAAGGAACCAAAAAGGCAAGAACGAUCCAAAGCAGAACGCGAAGCCUACUACUAAUGGUCACCGAGCACCAUACGUCGAGGACGCUCCUGAGUCCGACAAGUCGAAGGAGAACAUAUCCGCGCUACCCACCGCCCCUACUCCUCCCGUCACGUCGGGGACUCCUCAGAGAGACGAUUCUAAACAGGUCAAUGUAUUCGACUUCCUAGUUGCUGAGAAGACGCCGAACGCAUCUAAAGUCUCACUCAAUCAGCCCAAGGAACAGAUGCAAAUGGUUGAUCACGCCCCUUCUGUUUUUGAAGCCAGUAAGGCGCUGGCCCACUACGAACCCGGCGGCGCGGAUGAGGAUAAGCAGUAUGAUCUGCCAUACGAGGAAAAUGGGUAUUCUUACGGCUCCGGUCCUAUUCCACCAUCGGCAUACCCAAGUAAAGCCGCGAACGCUUCCAUGGAAUUUAUGACCCCGGCGCCGAAAAAGAAGAAGGAUCGUUCACGCAAGACUGAGACGGGCGCCGUCACCAGUGAGAAGAAGCGAAAGCGCCACAAUGAAGACCAGGAACUUGAAGACGCCGAUACCCCUAUGAUGGAAGCACCAUCUAGCGUUGUGAACCACCCAGGCACGCCCAUGCUAAAUCACUCCGGGUUAACAGGUGGUUUGAGUCGGAUGCUUCGAUCCCCGUCCUUGGAAUCUGAGAAUGAUCACGCCGAUCAUCCUCGCCGGCGUUACCAGGACCCUUCAUCUCCCAUCAAGCGUACUCGUCGUGAUGACAAGGAUGGCUCUGAUGCCGGCUUGGGCAUCUCGAUGAAGAACCGUGCUGAGCGCCUUGUAUCUUCCAUGUUUGGAGGCCCUGCGGAAAGCAAGCGUGGCUCAUCAGAUGAUGGUGAUAUACGACCCAGGAAGUCGAACCGUGUGGCAUCUGAUUCGCACAAGUCUAAGCGCAAGAGUAGCGCCCAGAUGGAUGGUCGGCCGUCUCAGCGUCUCAAGCAGAUCGAAUAUGUCAACGGUUCCCGCACCGAGUCCCCACGCGGGGAUGACGGCCGCCAGGUCGUGGUCUAUGGGCAGCCGAACAUUCCUAGUGACCUACAGCGACAGAUGGCUUCUCACUUCUUGUCAUUGGUGACCAAGGGUCCCGAAAGCCAGCGAGGAUUCUCUGUGAACAAGGUCUUGAAGCGCUUCCAUCGUGACUUCACCGACGAAUUUGAUGACGACCGAGGUCGUGAGCAAGGGCGCAGCCGUGCUGACCACGAGCAGAGAGGUGAAGACGAGAAAGACCUUUGGCGUACACUGCGCAUCAAGAGAAAUGACCGGGGAGAGAUUGUGCUUUUUAUGUAAUCAUGAGGAGGGCUGGGUUUGACGGCUGAUAAGAUUGCUUGUGUUUUGUUUUCAUUUGCAUAGCGAUGUCACUUUGAUAUAUCUAUUAUUCGACUUUGGCUCCGUCUUCUAGCAGCCAAUACACUUCUUUUCUCUAUUAUACCGGAUUUCCAACCAUAUUCAGUAAUGGGAGUAUGUUGGUUGAGCCUUAGUAC